CCAGUUCUGAGUAGGUGCGGCUGAGAUCCGGAAAGGCGGGUGUGAGUUUGACCCGCAGUGCUGUCCGACGGAUAAAGAAGCUCUGGUGCAGAGGCAGAAGAAUGGACGUUACUGUGGUGUGAUGCUAGAGAUUGUUGAAGCCACACCACGGUGUUUCUGUUUCCUGAUACAACAUGUUAAAGAAUAAGGAUCAUUCAUCUAAAAAAGGUAACUUAGCAGUCACUGCAGUUGCCUUACAGGACCACAUAUUACAUGAUCUCCAGCUUGGACAUCUCUCUGUAGCAGAUCCUUGUAAGAUAAAAACGAAAAAGAAAGAGAACAAGUCAAAAUCUCUCAAAAGAGAUGUAACAGCCGUAAUAGAUACUGGGCUUAGAAGAACUACAGAGGGGCCUAAAGUGGAAGAUCCAGAAAAGGAGUAUGUUCUAGACCCCACACCACCACCGUUAACGUUAGCCCAGAAACUAGGCCUCUUGGCACCUCCCCCCUUGCCACUGUCAUCAGAUGAAUGGGAGAGAGUGAAGCAGAGAUCUCUUCUACAAGGGGACUCCAUGCAGCCAUGCCCAAUAUGUAAGGAAGAAUUUGAGCUCCAUCCCCAGGUGCUGCUUUCCUGCUCCCACGUAUUCCAUAGGGCAUGCCUUCAGGCUUUUGAAAAGUUCACAAAUAAAAAAACCUGUCCCCUCUGUAGAAAGAAUCAAUAUCAAACCAGAGUGAUACAUGACGGGGCCCGCAUGUUCAGAGAAAAGUGUGCCACCAGAAUCCAAGCCUAUUGGCGAGGGUACAUCGUUAGAAAGUGGUACAGAGACCUGAGGAAAAUGGUCCCGCCUACAGAUGCCAAAUUAAGGAGACAGUUCUUUGAGGAAAAGUUCACAGAAAUCAGCCACCGAAUCCUGUGCUCAUACAACACCAACAUAGACGAACUCUUCUCAGAGAUUGACGUCUGCCUGGCGGUAAAUCGUAGUAUUCUUCAGCAGCUAGAUGAAAGAUGUGGCCAGGAGAUCACUGAGGAGGAGUGGGAGAAAAUCCAAGCGCAGGCUGCCCGCCAUGAGAUCUACGAAUGUUCCAUCUGCCUGACUCCACUCUCCUUCCAUGGCGAUGGCCGACAAGCAACCACAGGGACCAGCAGCCAGCGUCCUCGAGAGACCGUCCUCCUGUCCUGUGCACAUCUGUUUCACAAUGCCUGUCUCCUGGCCUUGGAGGAGUUUUCUUUAGGAGAUAAUGCUCCUUUCCAUGUCUGUCCUCUCUGUCGCUCCUGCUACCAAAAGAAAAUUGUUGAAUGCUGAAUUCAUGCCCAGGGAGUUAAAUCUAAGACUAGGACAAUGUAGAGUACUGCACUGCUGAGGGUUGUUUGUGAUGAGAUAGAGGAAGUACACAUAGCUAUCUAACUGUGGUCUUCAUUUCAUAAAAUACAGCUUGUGCAUUUGUUGAGUUUAGUCACUUAAAAUAAAUGAGAAAUGUGUUACUUAAAAUGUAGCACUUAUUCAAUGC